AUGGUGCUACCCAGGACAAACGAGGGUAAGCGCAUCUGCCAAGUGAUCAAAGUCAAGCCCGAAUCGUUGAAUGAGUACAAGCGGGUACAUGCGGCCGUGUGGCCCGAUGUCCUGGACGCUCUUAAAAAGGCGCAUGUGGUAGACUACUCGAUCCACUACUUUGCUCCCCUGAGCCUUCUGAUCGCGACGAUGAGGUAUGUAGGCAACAAUUACGAAGCGGACAUGGAGGGCAUCAAGGAGAGCGAGGCGACUCGCCAGUGGUGGCAAAUGACGGACGGAUUGCAAGAGAGCUUUGUGGAUGGUGCAAUGGGUAGCGAGGCUGGGGAGUGGUGGUCGCCCACGGAGGAAGUGUUCCGUUUUGAGGGGUAG